AUGACGUCAAUAGGCACAGGCUAUGACCUGUCCAAUUCUGUCUUCUCGCCUGACGGUCGCAACUUCCAGGUCGAGUAUGCAGUCAAGGCGGUAGAGAACGGCGGCACAGCUCUGGGCAUCAAGUGCAAGGAUGGUGUUGUGCUCGCUCUCGAGAAGCUCGUCAGCAGCAAGCUGAUCAAGCCUGGUGCCAACAAGCGCAUAGCAACCGUCGACCGCAACAUGGGUGUCGUGUCUUCUGGUCUCCUCCCCGACGGUCGCCACUUCGUCUCCCGAGCCCGUGACGAGGCGGCGCAAUGGCGGCAGCUCUACAAGGCCCCCAUUCCUUCCUCGUCUCUCGCCGACCGCAUGGGAAGCUACGUUCAGGCAUACACGCUCUAUUCCAGUGUACGGCCAUUCGGUAUAACGGCCAUUAUUGCCGGCUGGGAUUCCGAGGCCGAGUUGCCCGUUGACGGACAAGUUGGUUCCGGUCCUUCUGUUGGCUCGGGAGGCAAGAGAGAGGGCGCCAAGCACGGCGGUCCAUCUCUCUACAUGAUUGAGCCGAGUGGCCUCUACUGGGGAUACUAUGGUGCAGCUACAGGCAAAGGCCGCCAGGUCGCAAAGUCGGAGCUCGAGAAAUUGAAUCUGCAUGAGGGCCAGCUUUCAUUAGAAGAAGGCGUCAAGGAGGCAGCGCGCAUCAUCUACGUCGCACACGAUGACAACAAGGACAAGGAAUUUGAGCUUGAGAUGACGUGGAUCAGCAAUCUCGACGGACCGACCAAGGGUAGACAUGAGGAAGUGCCCAAAGACAUUCGGGAAGAGGCUGAGAGGCUUGCAAAGAAGGCGCUCGAAGGGGAUGAUGACGAUGAUGACGAGGAGGAGAAGAUGGAAGAGUAAAUGAAUGGCUGCUCGAGUCGAGCCACAGUGGAUAAAAGUACAGACCCUGACGAUGCGUAACGAGCGGCUUUUGCGCAAGCCUUAACGAUCAAUGAACAAGAUUCAAACUAGCAAGGCAUUGCGGCCAUGUUUGCAUGCCUCCCGCUUGCUUCCCAUGCUGUGCUUCGCUUCGUCUUGCCCUUCCGCUUGUGGAGUGACAGUUAGCAGCACCCGCGUCAUCGAGAUGCAGGUACGUCGGCCCCACUAGCGCGUCAUUGCAAACUCGUCUCA